ACUACAAAGAUGUCCUCCUCCUGCUAGCUGCUAGCUUGAAGCUGGUCAGCAAAAUUACCAAUAUCUGAUGAUAAUUCUAUCUGUAACAACAUUAUUCCCUGUUCGAGCUUCCUAAAGACUUCCGAAAAUGCAACUGAAGCAUCUGAAAACACUUUUAACGCCCCAGGAGGGAGCUGCCAAAGUGACAUGCAUGGCCUGGGCUCCUAACAACAACAAAUUCGCUGUUUGCACUGUUGACAGAGUGGUGCUGCUCUAUGAUGAGCAGGGGGAGAGGAGGGACAAAUUCUCCACCAAACCUCUGGACUCCAAGUAUGGAAAACAGAGCUAUGUGGUCAAUGACAUGGCCUUCUCACCUGACUCCACCAAGAUCGCCAUCGGCCAAUCUGACAACAUUAUCUUUGUCUAUAGAAUCGGAGAGGAUUGGGGAGACAAGAAAGCCAUCUGCAACAAAUUUGUUCAAACAAGUGCUGUGACUUGCCUGCUUUGGCCUGCAGAGAAUGCCAUUGUUUACGGAUUAGUUGAUGGCAAAGUUCGCCUCGCCAACACUCAGACAAAUAAAUCUUCCACCAUCUACGCCACAGAGUCCUGUGUUGUCUCACUGACAUCCAAUAUUUCUGGUAAAGGUAUCCUGUCUGGCCAUGCUGAUAGCACAGUCGUGCGCUACUUCUUUGAUGAUGAAGGCUCAGGGGAGUCUCAGGGUAAGCUGUUGAUACACCCGUGCCCACCCUACGCUCUGGCCUGGGGUGCAAACAGCAUCAUGGUGGGCGGCUGUGACAAAAAGGUGGUGGCCUACGGCAGAGAGGGUCACGUCCUGCAGACCUUCGACUACAGCCGUGACCGAACAGAGAGGGAGUUCACUGUUGCCGUCACCAGUCCCAGCGGGCAGUCUAUUGUGUUUGGCAGCUUUGACCGGCUUCGGGUGUUUAACUGGGCUCCGAGGAGAGGCGUGUGGGACGAAGCCAAACCUAAAGAGAUUGUCAACCUCUACACCAUCACCAGCUUGGCCUGGAAGAAAGACGGAUCACGUCUUUGUGCCGGGACACUGUGUGGAGGAGUGGAGCUGUUUGACUGCUGCCUGCGAAGAACCAUCUAUAAGAACAAGUUUGAAAUGACAUAUGUGGGCCUGAGCCAGGUGAUAGUGAGGAACCUCUCCACAGGAACUCGGGUUGUCCUGAAGUCCUACUACGGUUAUGAGAUAGAAGAAGUCAAGAUCAUGGGGAAAGAUCGCUACCUGGUGGCUCACACCUCAGAUACUCUUCUGUUGGGAGACAUGCUGAGGAAUAAAUUAAGCGAGGUGCCUUGGCCUGGUUCUGGGGGAAAUGAAAAGUUCUUCUUUGAAAAUGAAACAGUGUGCAUGAUUUUUAAUGCUGGCGAGCUGAGCCUGGUGGAGUACAGCAGCAACGAGAUUCUGGGAUCAGUCAGGACAGAAUUUAUGAAUCCACACCUCAUCAGUGUCCGACUGAAUGAGAGGAAGCAGAGAGGAGUUGAGGACAACAAGAAACUUGCUUAUCUCAUUGACAUAAAAACCAUCGCUAUUGUGGACUUGGCCGGAGGCUACAAUCUGGGAACCAUCAGCCACGACUCCAAGAUUGACUGGCUGGAGCUCAAUGAAACCGGACGCAAACUACUGUUCAGGGACAAGAAGCUGCGGCUCCACCUGUACGACAUAGAGUCCGGUGUGAAGACCACAGUGCUGAGUUUCUGCUCUUAUGUCCAGUGGGUGCCUGGUAGUGAUGUGGUGGUCGCCCAGAACAGGGGGAACCUCUGCAUCUGGUAUAGUAUCGACAGCCCAGAGAGUGUCACUAUGUUCCCAAUCAAGGGAGAUAUUGUGAAUCUCGAGAGAGCUGAUGGGAAGACUGAUGUGAUUGUGACAGAAGGCGUCAACACGGUGACGUACACACUGGAUGAAGGCCUCAUUGAGUUUGGUACUGCUGUCGAUGAUGGAGACUAUGACAGAGCCACAGCAUUCCUGGAGACUCUGGAGAUGUCACCAGAGACUGAAGCCAUGUGGAAGAUGCUCAGCAAGCUGGCUCUAGAGGCUCGCCAGCUGCACAUCGCAGAAAGGUGUUUUGCUGCGCUCGGUGACGUCUCAACAGUUCGAUUCCUUCACCAAACAAACCAGAUUGCCGACAAAGUUUCACAAGACAUGGGAGAAGAUGGAACAUCAUUUUACCAAGUUCAAGCCCACGUGGCCAUGCUGGAUAAGAACUUUAAACUGGCUGAGAUGCACUACACAGAGCAGAAUGCCAUUGAUGAAGCCAUUGAGAUGUACCAAGAGCUCCACAUGUGGGACGACUGCAUUGCUGUGGCUGAAGCCAAGGGCCACACAGAGCUGAACAGCCUGCGUGGGAACUAUUACCAGUGGUUGACAGAGACGGGCCAAGAUGAGAAGGCCGGUGAGGUGAAGGAGAGUGAAGGAGACUUCCAGGGUGCCAUCAACCUCUACCUGAAAGCAGGACUUCCAGCUAAAGCAGCCCGCCUGGCCAUCAGCCGGCCAGAGAUCACCAACAGCAGCGAGACUGUCAGCCGCAUCGCCGCUCAGCUCAUCAAGGGAGAGUUUUAUGAGAGAGCAGGAGAUCUGUACGAGAAGAUCAGGAACAACCAGAGGGCUUUAGAGUGCUACUGCAAAGGAGGUGCUUUCAGGAAAGCGGUGGAGCUGGCUCGCGUUGCCUUCCCUGCCGAGGUGGUGAAACUGGAGGAGGCCUGGGGAGACUACCUCGUCCAGCAGAAACAGAUGGACGCUGCCAUCAACCACUUCAUUGAAGCAGGCUGCUCCCUUAAAGCAAUCGAGGCGGCCAUCGCAGCUCGCCAGUGGAAGAAAGCCGUCCAUAUCCUGGAGUUACAGGAGGACUCAUCGGCAGGGAAAUACUACAUGAAGAUCGCUCAGUACUACGCCUCCAUGCAGGAGUAUGAGGUGGCAGAGCAGCUGUUUGUGAAAGGAGGUCACAUUAAAGAUGCCAUAGAGAUGUACACUACAGCAGGACGCUGGGAGGAGGCUCACAAGCUGGCAGUUAAGUGUAUGACAGAGGAAGAGGUGAUGGCUCUGUACAUCAGCAGAGCUCAGGAACUGGAGAGAGACGGGAAGUUCAAGGAAGCUGAGAGGCUAUUUGCUACAGUGAAGCAGCCUGACCUCGCCAUCACCAUGUACAAGAAGAACCGGAUGUUUGAUGAUGUUAUUCGUCUGGUGGCCAAACAUCACCCUGAACUGCUGACUGAGACCCACGUCCACCUGGCCAAGGAGUUACAAGCUGAAUCCAGAUUCUCCGAAGCAGAGUACCACUUCAUGGAGGCUGAAGAGUGGAAGGCUGCUGUCAACAUGUACAGAGCCAGUGAUAUGUGGGAGGAUGCGUACAGGGUGGCGAAGAACCAUGGAGGUGCUGGUGCUCAGAAGCAGGUGGCCUACCUGUGGGCUAGGAGUCUGGGAGGAGAGGCAGCCGUCAAGCUGCUCAACAAGUUUGGUCUGCUGGACUACGCCAUUGAGUCUGCUUCAAAUAACUUCUCUUUUGACUUUGCCUUUGAUUUGGCCCGGCUUUCAUGCAAGGAAAAGAUUCCUGAGAUCCACCUCAAGCAUGCCAUAUACCUGGAAGACGAGGGAAAGUUUCCUGAGGCUGAGGUAGAGUUCAUCAAAGCAGGGAAACCCAAAGAAGCUGUGUUUAUGUAUGUCCACAACAAGGACUGGGCCAAUGCACAGCGGGUGGCUGAGGGCCACGAUCCAGAGAGCGUGUCUGAGGUUCUGGUUGGCCAAGCCAAGUUCUGCUUUGAACAGAAAGAUUUCCAGAAGUCUGAAGCUUUCCUGCUCCGAGCUCAGAGACCCGAACUGGCCAUUAAAUACUACAAGGAUGCAGACAUGUGGAGUGAUGCCAUGCGCAUUUGUAAGGAGUAUCUUCCCAACAAGCUGUCCAUGCUCCAAGAGGAGUACGAGAGGGAGACUUCCAAGAAGGGAAUCUGCGGUGUGGAAGGCAUUCUGGAGCAGGCCAGGGAGUGGGAGCAGUCAGGUGAACACUCCCGGGCUGUUGAGUGUUACCUGAAGGUGAAGGACGACUCCAACACGGCCCUGAUGGAGAAAUGCUGGAUGAAGGCAGCAGAACUGUCCAUCAAGUUCCUGAGUGGAGACCGAGCGGUGGAGGUGGUUCAGGUGGUCGGACCACGACUCACUCAGCUGAGGAAAUUCAAUGCUGCUGCUGAGCUCUACUUAAACAUGGACCUCAUCAAAGAGGCAAUCGAUGUUUUUAUUGAGGGGGAGGAGUGGAACAAAGCCAAGAGAGUCGCAAAGGAGCUGGAACCAAGGUAUGAGGAUUAUGUGGACCAAAAGUACAAAGAGCACCUUAAGAACCAAGGCAAAGUGGAAUCUCUGGUGGGUGUGGAUGUCAUGGCAGCCUUGGAUUUGUACGCAGAAAGAGGCCAGUGGGAGAAAUGUCUGGAUACAGCAUCCAAACAGAAUUUUAAGAUCCUCCAUAAGUACGUCGCUUUGUACGCCACACAUCUCAUCAAGGAGGAAGAUGCUGUGAAAGCUCUUCAGCUCUACAUACAGCAUGGAGCACCACCGAACCCUCAGAACUUUAACAUCUACAAGCGUCUGUUCCUGGACAUGAUUAACCUCCCCGACACUGAUGGACCAGAGUCUUACCGCAUGUGGGCUGACCUCCGCAAUUUCCUGCUGCAGCUGUGUGAGAACAUGUCCAAGUCGGCCGAGGCCAACUCUCCAGCUCACGAAGAUUUUGAACAGAUGCUGCUGAUCGCUCACUACUACGCCACGCGAUCUGCCGCUAAAGGAGUGGAGCAGCUGAUCAGCGUAGCCGCCAAGCUGUCCGUGUCUCUGCUACGUCACACUGAGCUCAUUCCUGCAGACAAGGCUUUCUACGAGGCCGGUCUGUCCUGCAGGGCAGUUGGCUGGGAAAACAUGGCCUUUAUCUUUCUCAAUCAUUUCCUGGACCUGUGUGAUGCCAUCGACGAGGGGAACCUGGAUGCUCUGGAUCACACUGACUUCCUGGAAACCGACAUUCCCUAUGAGGUUCCAAUUCCCACCAAACUCUGUGUCACUGACUCCCAGCGGGAACAGAUCCGUGACUGGGUGCUGAUGGUGUCCAUGGAUCAUCGCUUGGAGCAGGUGCUGCCACGUGAUGAAAGGAACUCAUACGAAGCUUCUCUGGUGGCUGCAAACACUGGCCUUCGCUCGCUGGCCUGCAUCCUCACUGGCUACCCCGUGCUGAGGAAUAAAAUCGAGUUUUCGUCGGCAGGGAAAGCAGCCAACAAGGAGGACUGGAACAAAUUUCUCAUGGCCACAAAGACCACUCACAGUCCAGAAUGUCAGGACGUCCUCAAGUUCAUCAGUCAGUGGUGUGGAGGUCUGCCAGCAUCAGGAUUCUCCUUCCACUGAUAGAAACACACUCCAGCUCUGCUACGUAACAUUCUAUUUUAACACUUCUUUGUUGCAACAUCCAAUAUACCAACUAUCUUCAUUUUUUUGUCUGUUCUCUGUCAAAUUAAUGUAUUUAUUUAGUCAACUUUUCUGUAUGUCUGUAUUUUUGACAUCUUUGAUGACAAUUUAAUAACGUUUCAAAACCUCCUCCGUGGUGCCAGGCAGAAAAUCUAAAAUUUCUUGUAUUUAAUUUUAAAUGAAAUUAUUUCUCUCUUUAAAGCAGCCAAUGUGUCAUCUAUGUUUAACUGUACAUUGUGAGGAAAUGUACAUCAAUGUUUUUCUGGACAUGAGGAAGAGUUUGACAUUAUUGACAACAGAAAAGCUACAGAUAGUAGCCUGUUAGCUUAGCCUAGCAUAAAAACGGGAGAGCAGGAAACAGCUAAGUAACUCUUUAUAUCUAUAUUUAUUUUAUCCUAAGGUGUAAAAGUGAUUAUUUCUUGAUUAGUAAAUACAGUAUUUGUAGCAGUCGUUUCCCUCUAUUCCCAGGCUUUAUGCUAAACUAAGCUAACAGGCUGCUAACUGUAGUGACGUAUUUGUUGUACAGAAUGAAUAUUUCCUGAGACGUUUAACCUUUCCUUUAAAAAAUGUACACUGUCACAGCUAAAACACAAUAGGCAGCCGCAAAAUAUUUCUCAUAAACUCCUGUAUAACUCCUAUAAGGACUAUAAAUUUGAAACAAAUGUCUAAGUAUCUUUAAAAUUACAUCUCAUCAGUACAUUUUGGUUAUAUGCAUUACAUCUUAUGAAAACCCAAUUUGUUUUUGACGACUGAUGUAUCUAAUUUCCUCUGUGUGCCUGUCCCUGCUGAAGAUCUACAGUGAGGACUGUGCUUGUAGGGCAGAUUUAAAAUAAUGACAACUGAGCUCUUUGGCACAGUGGGUCCGUCAGUGUUGGUUUUUCAUGAGAUUUGAUUAUUGCCGGUCAGUUUAUCUUGAGCCACUGUCACCAUGGAAACACAUAUCAAUUUCUUUGUUUGUGUCCACUUCUGUAUUCUCUCACUCAUCAGAAGGACAUUCUCUCAGGAUGGCAUUACAGGAAAAAAAAGCCAAAGGUUUCUGUCCGAGUUUAAGACCUUGUGCUCCACCAGAUGUGAUGAUACUUACUGUUGUGACACCUUGAUACUCCGCAGGGAGUUUGAAAGACUAUUUAAGACUGAAAUAUUUUCUUUUCUCUGUGAAUGUGUGUUUCAGAAGCCGGUCGUGUCUGGCAAUGCCUUUAUUAUGUGUUUGAUAUUGAAUGUAUUUUGUUUAAUAAAGUUCAAAUAAAACUAGUUUUCAAACAUU